AUGGGGCGGUUUGUCUCCUUUAUCCUGAGAGGCUUUUGGUUUUAUAAUCACAAGGCACUGCCUGGCGUAAAUGUGAAACGUUCAGGUUCGAUGCAUUGUGACCCUCAUCUCGCUUAUCGUGAACAGACGGCUUAUCGCAAGGCUCAGAAACGUCCAUCCUCUACUUCUGUUCUGGAGCCUCCUACUUCUCAUGCAGUUGUUCCAAGUCGAUUGAUAUCUCAACAAAACUAUGAGAAUGCUCUUGUUCAAAAAGCUUUAAAUACCACUACUUCAGGACUUGAUGACGCAGACAAUACUGUUUUGCUUGGACCAGCCCAGAUUGACCACUCAGAUUAUAGGCCGAACUCGGUGGCUAGAACAAAUCUGAAUCGGAGCAUUAUUGUUGACCAGAGUUUUGAAGGUGGCGAAGAAAGUGAUAUUGAAGUAGACGGUGAGAUAGAUACUGGACUGGAUGACGGUGGGGUUGAAGAUGAGGAUGAGGAAGUUCAAGGAAAUACUAAUCAAAUUAAUAAGACGGAUUAUUUAACCGUCACAAAAUCUCAAGAGUUAUCCUCAGGCGAAUUUGGGGACAAGCCUGUAUUCACAGACAAUAUUCUACCAGCAAGGGCAAAUCUGCUUUCCGAGACAUCUGAAAAUGCAAUGAAAGAAACGAAUGUAGUUGAUGAUGAGGCUUUUGACUACGAGGUUCCUACAUUGCCUGUUAUCUUUCCUGUUAAGCAGGCAAGAGUUUCUCUUGUCACUGCUAUUCCUUCAUCAUCGACACCAUCAGGAACAGUUGAAUCAGUAGUCUGA